AUGAAACAAUCUUGCCCUUAUCUUCUCCUCUGCGUCCUGCUGCUCCUCCCUCUCCUGGCGGCUGCCGACGCCUUCCGUACAGGCCCUCUGGUGGGUGGAUGGAGGCCAAUAAAGGACCUCAGGGACCAGCACGUGGUGGAGAUCGGCCGGUUCGCAGUGAGCGAGUACAACAAACAGUGGAAGACCCAGUUGAAGUUCCAGCAGGUAGUGAAGGGAGAGACGCAGGUGGUUUCCGGAACGAAUUAUCGGCUGGUCGUGGCGGCGAAAGACGGGAGUCGGACUAACCAUUACGAGGCUGUCGUGUGGGAGAAGCCGUGGGAGAACUUGAAGAACCUCGCUUCUUUUAAGCCUGUUUAG